GGGCCGGGAGGAGCCGGGAGGGGAUCGGGGCGGCGGUGCUGGGCGGUGCGGGCGGGCAGGAUGCUGAGCCGCCUGCAGGAGCUGCGCAAGGAGGAGGAGACGCUGCUGAGGGUGAAGGCGGCGCUGCACGACCAGCUCACCCGCCUCAAGGUCGGCAGGGCGGCGGGCGGCGAGGAGCGAGGCGGAGCGGGGCGACCGGAACGCGGCGCUGGGCGGGUGGAGGAGCUGGCGCUGCAGUCCAUGAUCAGGUCCCGGGAGGAGGAUGCGGCCGUUCCGGCGGCAGCUGCUGCGGAGAGCCAGGAGACUCUCGGGCAGAUGGACAACGAGGCUGCUAUCAAUCAAACUGAAUUACAGCUAAGUCUUCAAGAUCACGAAGAGGAAGAAGAGGAGGAGGAGGAAUCAGAUUCUUGAGAGAAAAAAAUCAAAGAUGUUUUUUAAUACAGACUCAGGAAUUUCUUCUUUGUUCAUAUAAAAUUUGCCAGCAGAUUUUCAUGUAUGGUUGUGAUCCAUGAUGGAAGACUCGGGGAGUCUGGGGAGGCUUACCCUUGAAUAUGAAUAUCAGAAGCUUGGCAGAUUUUGAAUUAGAUGUUAAAAGAAUGAAGAUUUGCUGCACAGAUAUGUAGCAUAAUCCAUUUUGUGUUUAAAACCUAAUGUGUAGCUUAUAUUACAUCUUUAUACGUGGAUGGGAAAAGUCAUUAAUCCAGUCAGACUAAUUUAACACAGUAAAAGCAAUAAUUUGUCUGUUCUUAUUUCCAGUUGCUGAAAUAUAAAACCAGGCCACGGAUGCUGGUUGCUAAACCAACGAUUAUAUUAAAACCUCAUCUGCUUUAACUGGGAAUUUUAAGAUAUGCAGUGAGCACAGAUGUGUCCAGGAUUGUCUCCAGGUAUUCAGCUGCUAUUUUCUCAGUUACACAGACCACCAGAUGUACACUUCCUAUAAAUGUGACUGAUAGAUGUAGGUGUUCUUACACUGGGAGAAACAGAUAUUGCACUGUUGACCUCAUUUUAAGUGCAGUAGCAAGGGAACCUCUCUUUGUCCCUACUGGUGCUGUUCUUAAGUACUGUCAGUCUGACUGAAACAGUGAAGUAUUUUCUACUUCUUGCUCUUUCAGCGUAGCAGCUAAUUGGCCUUCUAUUGUGACACAAACUGUAUGGUAAUAAUUAGUCCACGUUACUUGUAGUAAAAAACUGAUACUUUAAAAUUAGUUUUAUUUUCUUUUUCCCUCAUGGUAACUUCAUAGAUCAGUGUAAGGCCACUUUCCGUUUUCAAGUUAUCUUCAAAGAAUAGGAGGAGCUUACAGAAAGGGAUGUGAAGUCUCCUCCACAAUUUCUUUUGUACAGUAACAAGCUAGUGCUGCUCCUACCAGUAACAGUAUGUUCUUUCUCCUUGUGGAAUGCAGACACCAUGUGGUACAGUUAUUUUAUCAAUUCUUGAAGACUCAUUUUGACGCACACAAACUCAAACUCUGUUAAACUGAUUAAAAACAAAUAAAAGUAAUGUUCUAAUUCA